AUGGCGGUCUGGGAAUUCGCCGUCUUAGGGACCCAAAAAAUGAGGGCGCCUAGAAUUCGCCGUCUUAGGAAGGUGAAUGAAUCUUGUCACUGUAAAUUGGUCUGGCAAAUCAAGUAUGAAGACUCAAUGAUGGCCUAUUUUUUCCAUGCUAGGUUUGAUAAUUCUGAUGGAUCAAUGAAGGGUGGCUAUAAAAGUUCCUCUGUCUGGACUGGAAUCAAGAAGGUAUGGGACUUUGUUUCUUCCAAUGAGAAAUGGGCAAUUGGGGAUGGAGAAAGAACCUUAUUUUGCCAUGACAAGUGGCUGGGCUCCUCUUCUAUAGCCAAUAUGUCCUCUCUCAAUCACUCUCUAUUUCAAGAUCUAGACACAAAGGUUGGUGCUUUCAUUAAAGAAGGCAAAUGGGUUUUUCCCCCAGUAUCAUCAUCUUUUAUAAAAGAGAUUUUUGAUAAAGUGGGAAAGCUUCCUAUCUCUUUGGGUUUCUCCAAAGAUAUUUGUAGUUUGGAAAAUUUUUCUAUGAAAUCAUCUUGGGAAGGACUAAGACAAUCGCAACCCAAGGUUGGUUGGCUCAAGCUUAUUUGGGGCCAUUAUCUCCAACCUCGCCAGUCAGUCUUUGGAUGGCGCCUUCUUCAGGGGAAGCUUCCAUGUGAUGACAAGAUCAAGGCGAGGGGGAUUCUCUUUCCUUCCCGUUGUGAGCUCUGCAUGAUUGAAGAAGAAUCCAUUAAUCAUUUGUUUCUUGAGUGUAAAUGUGUCAGAUAUCUGUGGUCUUCCUUCUCAUCGAUUUUUGGAGCAACUUUUACCUCUUAUUGUUCUUCCAUGGUGCUCAGUAAAUGGUGGUCUCAGAAAUCUCGAGUCCUUGGCCUUAAGGAUGCUUUGUGGGCAGGUUACAUUCUUAUUCCCUAUUUUAUUUGGCUCAAAAGGAAUUCUAGGAGAUUUAAUAGUGUAUCAAGGAAUUUUAGACAGAUUUUUAAUUCUAUUCUUGGUAAGCUACACAGAAUGUCCCCAAGUAUGAAAGGGAGAGUGGCCUCAGUCUUUGAUCUAGUAUGCUCAAGGAAUGAAAUCCUGGAAAAUCUGGCGUUGGAGGUGUCUUCAGAGACUGUAGCUCAAGAGUGA